GGUAGUCGGUUUCUUGGGUCUUUGUCCGUCUCAGUGACUUAGUCCUUGAGUCGUGUGUGACUAGAUUUGUAUCCUUGACUCGUGUGUUACUGGAUGCUAGGGAAUUGUGACUGUUACGAAUGUGAUAAGGAUUGUGACUGUUCUGAUCGUGAUAAGGAUUGCUAAUGUUCUGAUAAGAAAUUGUGACUUUUGACUUAGUUCCGAUGUAUCUCUGACUUGUGUGUGAUCUCAACCAAUCGUGAUUGAAUUUCAUCGGUUUCAAUGACUCGUGAUAAAAUAUUUUAACAUUUUACUCAUGUAUCGAUGAAAUGGAGGAGUCAAUUUUCAUGUGCUAUAACAAUGAGUUUUGACUAUUGACUCUAUUCCCAAUAAUACAGUGUUGAUUGUAUCUCAGUUAAAUAUUGAGUAUGUUGUAGUGCAUCACUGAGUCUUGAUAUUUUCAAGCUACUGUGACAAUUAAACAAAGUAUACUAUAUUGAAAUACAUUUCAAUGUAUCUUUCAAUUUUGGUUACACUGCAUUCAUCUCUUAUUUCAUGACUGUUACAAUUUGCAACUUCUCGUGCCGGUGAUAUCAUAGUGAUGGUAAACAGUAGCUAUAUCUCGUGACAUUAUACAGUGAAUAUUCCCUCAUUCAUCAACAUCAAUUUUUGACAUUGUCAUAUAAUUUUCUGCAAGUUUACAACUACGUUUUCCAUUUUCACUCAUAGUUUAGAUGAGGUGACUAUGAAUGCUUUAUAAUCUCAAGACAUUUUUGUGACUUUUUUCGUGUGUGACCUGGACCAUUGUUAACUUUUAUUGACCAGUGACAACUAUAAAUUGUUGUUAAUUGUGGUGACUUUUAUUGUUGACUAUUGUUGUUUACAUUGUGGUCGCCAUGGAAACGUGUGUGCUGAUCCCACAGGAGUUCUCCCUGGUCCUGACCGCGGCCGAUGCUCGACUCAGCAAGAAAAUUCCAGAAAUGGGGGUGAGUGUAUGGACGAACGCGCGAAUUCCGCAGGGAACUCUCAUCUACCCGUUCCAAGGCACGAUACGCCUGGACAAACUCGAGGUCUACAGUUAUCUGGAGGAUAAUGAUAUACGUCACAGAUUCGGUUGCUACGAUGAAAUCACAGAGGCGGACCGAAGACGUGUGCGACACUGUAAUUGGGUUCGAUUCCUGCGCACGUCGGCAUCCUACAAUCCACAGGUCAACCUCAUUGGCACCAAGGUCAAAGGUGAACCAAUCUACGAAGUGGUCAAAUCGAUUCCAGCAAACACAGAGUUGGUGGUUUACUAUCUGCCCGAGAGACCAGAGGAGGUGUUCUUCAUGCCAGCCGUGCACUAUCUGCGCAACUCACUCUACAGACGAACUAUGGACACGAUACUUGAAGACUCCCCACUCGACCUCUCCACAUCGCUCCUCUCGCGCGUGCUAAUCUCGACCUCCUCAUCCUCAACCUCCUCCUCAGCCUCCUCACCGCCGAGCGCAGUCGAUCCGGACGAACGCGACCGCGACCUGGUCGCAGGCGACUGCUCGCUGUCGUCCGGUGCCUCCUCGACGGCCGGCGACCUGUCGCUCGAGUCGCCACUGCGACUGAGCAGACGAGGCGUUUCACACGGCGUGACGGGUGGCCAGGAGGCGGCUACUAAGGUGGCGGCGCGUAGUGCAAGGGGUGAACGCACCCUGUUGCCGUGUGAGGUGUGCGGGAAGGCGUUCGAUAGGCCAUCCUUGUUGAAGAGGCAUAUGCGCACGCAUACAGGAGAAAAGCCGCACGUGUGCAUGGUGUGCAACAAGGGCUUUUCCACGUCGAGCUCGCUGAACACUCACCGACGCAUCCACAGUGGCGAGAAGCCGCAUCAGUGUCAGGUUUGCGGCAAGCGAUUCACGGCAAGCUCCAACCUCUACUAUCAUCGGAUGACGCAUAUCAAGGAGAAACCACACAAAUGCGGACUGUGCUCCAAGUCGUUCCCGACUCCCGGCGACCUGAAAUCACACAUGUAUGUGCAUAAUGGUUCCUGGCCAUUCAAGUGCCACAUCUGCAAUCGAGGAUUCAGCAAACACACCAACCUCAAAAACCAUCUCUUCCUUCAUACUGGAGAUAAGCCGCACGCAUGUGAACUCUGCAACAAGAAAUUCGCCCUGGCCUGCAACCUGAGGGCCCACAUGAAAACACAUGAAGGUGACGCCCAAGAGGAAUGCGUGCGUUGUGGCAAGGUGUACCUGAUCGCUAGCAACCAGUUGGCCCACGGCUUCUGUGGCAGUUGCUACGCCAGCAGUCAGGGAGGAGUGCUGCCUCCACAGGUGGGAGGCGGUGGCGGAGUGGGAGGAGUCAAGGAUGCCGCCUCUUCACCCUCCCUGCGAUCAUGUGGUGACUCGGACGACGGCGAGGAGUCUACCACUGGUACGGAGGAGCGCGAUGAUGAGGAGGAGAUUCAUCCUGUCUAGGACGGCACUCGGUGCAGUGAGGUGGUCGUCGUGGUGGAAGUCGUGCUGCUGAAAGAUCAUGAACUGAAAUUGAAUUAAAUAUGUGAAAAUAGUUCUUUCUCCAUGUCACGCCUUAAUUAUCCACAUCGAAUGAAUUCAUUAAUGAACACUAGUAUUAUAAUGUUCAAAUCAUGGCAAUUAUUAUCUGUGUACUAUAGCUUAAUAAUUUAUUUGUGUUUUUUUUUGUAAAUAUAUGUAAUUUGUCCGAUAUUGUCAAUCUGGAACUUGAGUCUGUUUGUGGUUGUAAAUUGAAACUUGCAAACUAAUAUUGAUAGUCCAGAGAGACAGUUUAAGAGUGUCCAUGUGAAUUAUUUUCUAAUCUCCUUUGGGUGGAGAUUCUGUUGCUUUUGAUGUAUGCAAAUUUAUAUAGGACAAGAUGAAUUUAUAUUAGCCUGAAAGUAUGAUUAUAUCAUUCAGAGUCACGAUCAUAUUAUAUUCACACAAUAUAUUUGUAUAGAUAUAGUUUCUGCUGAUAUCAAUGGAACAGCUCUAUGUAGGGGGACUAAGAUGCGUGAAUUUUACUUUUUAUGACAAAAGUUUUGGGACAUGAUGCUUCGCAUUAUCUUUAAUCUGAUGUGAGUACAAUGACAAUAAAUUGAAUAUUUUGUUGAAAAGGAUUGUUACAUGGGAAACUCAAUAGAUGGAAUUGAUUCUUUCUUAUUGAUAAGUAGAUAUGUUUGCAUCAGAUUAUUGUGUAGUGUAUAGAAUUUGGUUUGAUCGAUCAAUUUGGAUUUCGAAUCAGUAGUAUCUCGUUCAUGAAACUCUUUUUGAAUACGAUAGUUUCUUUGGAAUGAGACAAAUCCCUGCAUGGGAAAUCUGUUGAUGGUUUUGAAACUCAUGACAUUGAUUUUUCAACCUAUCAUAUGAAUCUGAAUCAUAAAAUAUAUCAUAAUAUAUCUGAAUCAUAUGAAUAUAUAUUAUUUAAUGAAUCUGUGACAGUGGAAAACCCCUUGGUUUCCAUAAAAUGCUUCUAAGAUGAGGACUCUUCCACUCAAUUGAUGGCGGAAUAAAUUUUUCAAUUUUGUAAAUGCUUAUCCUAAAAUUUCCAAACCAAGAAUGUGAUAAGCUCUCUUGUAGAACAGUCUAAACAAUUAUUGAAACAUGUAGACUAGUUUUGGUUUUGUUAACUAGACAGCUUGUUCAGAGGGCUUUAGACUGCUCUAUGAUAGUUCAGUGCUACGAAACUACUGACAAUACUACCUAUAAACACGCUUAUGGAUGGUAUCGUUACUAGACUAAUUAUAGGUAAUUUCCAUUAUCAAUUUUCCAGCGGAAGGUUCUUCAUCUUUGAAUGCUGUUCGUGGAUUAGAUUAUUUGAAAUCGGAUAUCAGACAACUUUUCUAUAAUUAAAAUAGGAAGUUUGUCCAAUAUCAGAAUUCAUAUUCUCACAAUAAGAACCUUAUUUGAAGCUCAAUAGAGCGUCAUUAUUAUUGUUCCAAUAUUAUUCAAAUUCCUGUAAAAAUAUUUAUUUCUGUGCACAAUGUUGAGGCUCAAGAUUAAACCUCACAAUUGUAAUGAAACAUGUGAUAACAAGUGAUAAUAGCUACAAGGUUCAUUAUCACAUUCUAUAUCAAUUAAAAAUUGUAUUUAUUCAUUGUGUAUCCUGUUUAUGUGUUCUUUGUUGUGAUAAUCUGUGUUUAUAAUAUGAUUAUUCUGUAAAUUUUGUGAUUUGUUUAAUUCUAAGUUAUGUAGUUUGGUUUGAGUAGGCAUAUUAUUUAUUUAAGUUCAGAAGAUGAUAGGUUAUUUCUUGUAUGGGAUGGAUUGUAAGAUACUUUUAACUUGCGAAUUUCUAUAUUAUACAUGAUUCAAUACAAUUUAACAUAAUAUAAUAUACUUGAUAUUGCAAGAGAAUUGGAAUUGUUGAAAAGACACGUGAUAAAACAUAGCUUAAAAAUUGAAAAAGUUGUAUAUUUCCCUCGAAUAAAAUCGAUUAUACUCUUCAAUAACCCUGAAUGGAAUGAAUAAUUAUUAUUUAAUGAAAAUCCGAAUUAAAUGCUGCUAAUCACCAUGAACACUUCUGCUACUGCGAAUAUACAGUAAUGCAAGGGUGAUUCACAGAAUUUUAUUGGUAUUUUAGUUUAAUAAUUAUUAUUCAUUAAUCAGCAUUUUACCAAAUGCAAUUUCCAAUUCUUUCCCAUAUGUAGACUGAAUGGAAUGUAUUAUAUGUAUGGGUGCGAAUCAUACAAUUUCCGGGAGAAAUACCAAGCUUCAAAUAAGAACACUGAUGGUAUUCUUCUGAUAAAGUAGAUAUUUAUAGAGCGAAAAAUUGUGUUAGUGAGGUAAAUAGUAUUGUGAUAAUAGAAUGAAUUAAUAACGUUUGAAGGGUGAGUGAUUGGAUUCAAAAAAUCGAAUAUCAAUCCAAUACUUUACUCAACACAACACAGCGUCAAGCGUUUUUUGCUUUAUUCAAAUUCUCCGCUCUUAUCCCAAGGAUAGUAUAAUAUAGCUAUACUAUACUAUACUAUUCUUGUACUUAUCCAACACUCAAACUAGCAAUCAACUCUGAACAAUAAAUUAUUGCAAUCUAUUAUGACAAGAUUGUUAUUUUUUAUUAGAGAUUGAAAUCUUCUACAUCUUGUGAUCGAUGAGAAAAUUUCACAUCCAAAAUAUUCAUCUUGUUAUUAUGCAGGUUGAUGUGAGAUGUAAGGCCACCCUUGAUUGGCUAACGCUAUCCAUCUUCCACUGUCUAAACUCACUAGAGCAAAGCGAAACUCAGCCUGUUUUGUCAGGCUGUCUCUUUUACUCGCUCCUCCUCUUUCUUCUCUGUUCCGUAUGCAUAUUACCAUCUUUUCCAACCCUCUGGAGUUUCACAUAAAACUGUCAGCAUUGAAUAAAUCUGGAGAGUUGAGGAGUUUAUAAGAAGAAUUCUGACAGUUUCCAACCCUCUAGAGUUUCACAAUGAACUGUCAGCAUUAUUCAAAUCGAAGGUAUUGUUAGAUUCUAUGAGAAAUACUGACAGUAUAGAGAGAAUCUCACUGAGCAAGCAUUCCUUCUUCACAUUCCACUUUUUUAACUCCGAUCAGUAAACAUUCCUUCCUUGAGUUUCGCAUCUCGGAUUAGCAAAGUGACCGGUUAGCUGACAGCUGAUCUCCAGUCAUGCGCACUGACGACCCGCUAACUCAGUGCUUUGAAAAUAUUAUACAUUUUUGUCAAUUUUUUCUUGUUACUUGAUUAUAAAAUAAUUGAACUGAACAACCCAUCUUGCAUCAACGGACACGCAGGUCAUAUUCUUAAGCCACUUAAUAUUCAUCAAAUAGAAAGACCUACUUGACGCUUUGGGUUCAGAAUAGUACUAAAAUCAAUCGAUAUUAAUAAGUAAACAUUACUUUAUAACAGUAAAUUUUAUAAUCACAGUUUCAAUGCUUAUUUAUGCAAUUUGGCUCUUCCAAUCAUUUUUAUUUAUUUAUUUAUUUCAUUGACAAUUACAAAUCAUAAUUAUAAUAAAUAUAAUAUGAUUGGGAGAAGACAACAGGCAUAGCCCAAAACUGUCUUCUCCCAAAUUUUACAAAUAAAAGUUUCAAAAAAGAAUAAGGUUAAGAUUUUAUUUUCACUCCAAAAACACCAAUUUCCACUUCAAAACUAAUGACUAAACUAAAAAAUUUGAAUUUUGAUGUUUAAAAACGGAUUAAAAACAGAAAUAUUCCACUCAAAUCUCUACAAAUUGGAAAUUUUUGAGUAAUUUUGCAAAAUUUUGAGCCAGAAAAGAAACACAACUUCACUAUUAGCACAGCUGAUAUGGUAUUGUAAAAUGUUAUCAGUGAAAAUCAUAUCUCCAAUCCAUCCUUUGAAGAAAUAAGUGUAUCGUACAAUGUAAAAUAUCUGUAUAGUUCUUAUAUUUAUGAGAUAUGAUUAAAAUUGUCUCUUUUCAAAAAGGGUACUGAGAUUUGUAUUUCUAUUUAUGAUUAAAACUAUAUGGGAAUUUCAACAAAUUUUGUAGUCUUCAUGGUAUCAAGCUCAAUGUUAUCUAUUAAUGAAGAUAUUUCAAGCACUUUUGAAUAUUUAUGUAAUUGAAUGGAAACUGCACAAAUUCAUUAAAAAUUGAACAAAAAUAUUGUGAUUUAUGUUAAUGUUAUGGAUGCUGUAGCAGAGUUAUUGGUAAUUUGUAAAAUAUAUUAUCCAUAAAUACAUCCUUUUCGGGAAUUUUCAUCUGCUUCAUCAUUUUUUGUUCAUAUUUGACAAACUAAUUUAUUACUAUAUUAUCAUUGUAGGCCGACUCUUGUGUUAUGUGUAUAUCUGAUGCUGUAGUGGAAUUAGUUAAACUAGUAUUAAUUAUUCUCAUCGUGAUUGUAAAUGAGUACUUCUCAAGUAGGAACAGAAUCUCAAUAGAUUAUUGUCGGUCGCUGUAUUAUUUAUAAUAGUAUUAGCUCAUUAUGUAUUCAACUUACUAUGUGAUAGCAUGUGUAUAUUUAUGUUUAACACUUAGUGCACUAGGAAGGUCUGCAAAAAGCAUUGUAAUUGUAUGGCCUACAUUCAUUUAAAUGAUGAAAUUUGUUAGCUGAACAAAUUACUUCAGCAUUAUUUAUUCCAACUUUUUCAUGAAGUAUGAUAAUUGAAUUUCAUGAAGAUUGAGUUUUCAAACUGAUUAAGAGAGGAGUAUUAAC